AGCAUCUUCUAAACCUCGCUUGCAAUGACCGACCGCCAUAAAAGUCAGGGACAUGGAGAGACACUACAAAAUCAGCUGAGGAGCAGAAGCCAGAGGACUCUAAAUCAAUGCCUAGUAAAAUAUUGGGGCCUGGUGUCAUUUGAGGAUGUGUCUGUGGACUUCACCUGGGAGGAGUGGAAGGACCUCAGUGAUGCCCAGAGGAACCUCUACAGAGAAGUGAUGCUGGAGACCUACAGUAAUCUGGUGGCUUUGGGACACUGCACUGCCAAACCUGAUGUGAUCUUCAAGUUGGAGCAGGGAUCUGGGCCAUGCAUGGUAGAAGAAGCCUCAAGCCAGAGCCUCCCAGAUGUCCAGAAAGUACAUGGUCGUAUUCAGACAACCCAGCAAAAUCAAGAGAAAUAUUUUCGGCAAGUUGUAACUGCAUCAGCUGAGGCGAAGGUUGAAAUGGGAAAAGCAUUUAAUGUGAACUCAAACUAUACUUCAGUUCUGAAUAUAAAGAAUGGAAACUAUUCAAGAGUGAAGCCUGAGGAACUUAGUAUAUGGCAAAAUCUGCUUCUCACUGGUGAUCUACAUGAGGUCCCGACUGGAGAGGAGCCUGUUGAUCUUAAUGUAACUGGGAGAUCCUUCAAACUUCCUGAGCAUCUUAGUCUGCAUAACAAGGUUAAAGGUGUGCAAAAGCAUCUUCAGUAUUGCGGACAAGAGAAAAUCUUCAACAUGAAAGCUGUAUUGACCCACAGAAGGAUUCAUGUGCCAGACACUUACAGUAAGUUCAAUGAAUACAAGAAAGACUUUGAUAAGUUAGCACUUAUUUCUGAAGAGAUCACUCAAGUAAGGGAGAACUCAGUUGAAUAUAAUGUCUAUCAUGAAGUGCUGUAUAACCAGGCUAAACUCGUUAACCAUGAGAAAGUACAAAAAGGACAGAAAUAUUAUGAAUGUAGUGGUUUGGGAGAACCUUUCAUCAGCAAAAUAUAUGUUGUAAAACACCAGAGAACACAAGCAGAAGAAGAGACCUAUAGAUGUAAUGAAUGUGAGAAGACUUUCUGUCAAAAGACAGAACUCAGUAUGCAUCAGAGAAUCCACAGAAAAGCAAAACUCUAUGAAGAUUAUGAAUGUGGAAAAAACUUCAUCCGGAAGCAAAACCUCAACAGGCGUCUGAGAACUCACACAGGUGAGAAGCCACAUGAAUGUAAUAUGUGUGAAAAAGCCUUUUACCGUAAGUCACACCUCAACAGGCAUCAGAGAAUUCACACUGGUGAGAAACCCUAUGAAUGUAAAGAAUGUAGGAAAACUUUCUACCAUAAAUCAUCUCUCAUUAUACAUCAGAGAACUCACACAGGUGAGAAGCCUUAUGACUGUGCAAAAUGUAGGAAAGCUUUCUACUGUAAGUCAGACCUUACAAUACAUCAGAGAACUCACACAGGUGAGAAACCGUAUGAAUGUGAGGAAUGUAGGAAGACCUUCUACUCUAAGUCACAUCUCACAAUACAUCAGGGCAUUCAUACAGGUGGCAAACCAUAUGCAUGUGAAGAGUGCAGGAAAACAUUCAACCGAAAGUCGAACCUCACUGUACAUAAGAGAACUCAUACAGGUGAGAAACCCUAUGCAUGUAAUAUAUGUGGAAAAUCCUUUUACAGGAAGUCACACCUCAGUACACAUCAGGGGACACACAGAGGUGAGAAACCAUAUGAAUGUAAAGAGUGUAAGAAAACAUUCAAUCAUAAGGCAGCCCUCACCGUACAUCAGGGAACUCACACAGGAAACAAACCAUAUGCUUGUGCAGAAUGUAAAAAAACUUUCCUCCAUAAGUCAUCUCUCACUGUGCAUCAGAGAAGCCACACAGGUAACAAGCCUUAUGCCUGCGAAGAAUGUAGUAAAGCUUUCUACUGUAAGUCACAUCUCACUGUGCACCAGAGAACUCAUACAGGUGAGAAGCCGUAUGAAUGUCAAGAAUGUGAGAAAUCCUUUCACCAGAAGUCAUACCUCAGCAGGCAUCUGCUAACUCAUGAAACAGAGAAACGAUUUGAAUGUAAACAAUGUGGGAAAACUUUCUACCAUAAAGCAUCCCUCAUUAUACAUCAGAGAACUCACACAGGUGAGAAACCAUAUGAAUGUCAGCAGUGUGAUAAAGCCUUUCACAAGAAGUCAAACCUCACCAGGCAUCAGAUAACUCAUGAAAGUGAGAAACAGUUAGAAUGUAGGAAAUGUAAGAAAGCUUUCUCCCAUAAGUCAUCCUUCAUUUUACAUCAAAGGACUCAUUUAGAAGAAAUCAUGUGAAUAUAAUAAAUGUGAAAAACUUACAGAAGCCAACCUGAUAGAACAUCUGAGAAUUCACACAGAAGAGAAAAUCUAAAAGUAUAAUGAAUAUGAGAUUUUUUUCAUGAGGAUGCACCCAUUAACAGGCAUCAAGGAACGCAGAGACUGACUCUAUAGCAGAGACUAUGUCUUCCAAGAUUAUGAUUUUCUGUGGAAUACACAGUUUGCAUUUUUUCAGCCUCUGAUACUAUGUUUUGAACCAUGUACUGGAACUGUAUAGUAGAAUGUGAAUACUUCGAUCCUAGACCCCACAAAAUCUAUUAAAUUCUUCUCGGUUCUUCUCCUUGAGUUCUUACGUACACAUUGGGCCUGUAACAAAUCUGGCUGCUGAGGGUGGUCUUGUGAGCCAUAGGUCACUGUUUAAGACAAACAUAAUCGAUCCCGAAGAGCAUACCUCUUCCUACCUUUUUCUCUUAUAUUCCUAUGUAGUUCACAUGAGUGAGAAAUACUCGGUUGCAUGAUUGUGUUUUUUCUGUUUGCAUUACAGUGCAAAUCUAUAAUAGCUAAUUCACUUUAUAAGCCAUCUGAGAGAUUUUCUCUGUGCUUUAAUAUUGUAGAAUUUACACAGGAGAAGUCUAACACCUCUUAUAUUCAAGUUAAUUUAUGGAAAACAUGCACUUGUUGACAGAUUGUAGCAAGCAGAAAAUGCUUUAAUAGGCAGGAAAAUUUCACUGAACACUUUGAAUAAGGAAGAUAUUCGUAAAUUUGUUUCAUUGUAUGAGAGCUUCCAACAAACCUUUCAUAUUUUUUGUAGCAGCUAUUAGUCUUGAAGGAAGGAUAACUGUCAGUUUGUGUAAUAUAAAUGUUGGUUUUUCAACUGGAGAUGUUAAAUAUACUAUUGGAAAUCAUUUAAAAAUAUUUCACUGUAUACCGGUAUGUAAAUAUCAAUCAGUAUUUUCUGUCCAGGCAGGCAGUUGAGCAGCCUCCAGUGCACAAAACAUCCCAUAACAUAUUAGUAAUUUGUAUUAACAUACUUUACUUGUUGGGACCCAGUAUAACUGCAGAGCAUAUAUAUAUAUAUAAGUUUUUGUACUAUAAUGACAGGCUGAGCGUAUACCUCAGUGUUAGGGUGUAUGCUUACCAUGCAUGAGGGCCUGUGUUUUCAGUGCUUAGCAUGAACAAGUCAAAUAAAUAUUUUGGCUUAAGUGCCAGCGUAUGGCCAUUUAUAUUUUGGUAUAUAAUGUGUGAUAUUGUACUAUGUUUUGUUGCCUUUUCUCCUAAUGUUUAUAAAUGUGCAUGGAUAUUAUGAUAAAAAUAUCUUGUAACAGAUUCUUUUCUAAUGUACAAAGCUAACAGAAACAUUGGUAUGGAAAUAUACAAAUCAAGCAUA